AUGCCACCCUCGCUUUACGACAUUUUGGGCCUUCCUAAGACUGCCACUGAGGUUGACAUCAAAAAAGCAUAUCGAAGACUUGCACUAAAGUGGCACCCUGACAAGAACCCAAAUUCAAAAGAGGAAGCCGAAAAGCGUUUCAAGGAGAUAAGCGCCGCCUACGAAAUCCUCUCUGAUGCAGAAAAAAGAAAAACGUACGAUCAAUUUGGAAUAGAGGGUCUUUGCAAGAAUGGCUCCUCGACGAACUAUACUUCUCGCUCUUCUCCGGGCCAACGUAAUGUCCCACCGAGAUCAAGCUUCUUCGGCGACGACUUCUUUUCUUCCCCCAGUUUUGGGUUCUCAUUUCGCGACCCCGAGGAAUUGUUCCGCGAAUUCUUCGCCGAACAUAUAAAUAUUAUGAACAGUUUCAUGAACUCUUUUCCGAGCAGCAAUCUGCCCCGUCGAACAGAGUCCUGCCGACCUCGGCCCACGGGGACAAAUAGUACCUAUAACCUCCGUCGCGCUGAAACCAAGAUUGGACCAGCCUCCGCCAAUCGUACUUCCCUCUUUGGCAGCUUUUUCGCAGAGCCUAGCGGUCUGUCUCACGAGCUUUCCUUCUUCUCGAAUCCCAACAUCGCCUCUGGUUUCCAGCAGACCAACUCCUUCUUCACUUUCGGCACCGGUGACCGGCAAACGAAGGGCACUUUCCGCUCCACCUCCACCAAAUUCCGUGACGGCAAGUGCGUGACCACUCGCCGAGUCAUCCAGGAUGGCGUCGAGACAAUCACUGUUGAGGAGAAUGGCGUCGUCACCUCAAAAACCGUCAAUGGUCAGCAGGUCGCUUUGGUAAAUUCCUAGGUGUCCACAGACACUGUUGGACCUUGAAAUUGCGGAGUUCGCCUUCCUCCACCAUCAGCUUUUCCCUCUCACAGUGCAUCGCAGGCGCCCUGUUCGUUAGUGGGGCAAGAUUUCACGCAUAUGCAUGGUGCCAUGUGCUCGUCUUCACCGGCUCAAAAGUGGUUGCACAUCUUUCUGCUGUCAAGACCGUCACUGAGCGAGACCCUAUAGCUGUAUGGUACCGCCCUCAAUCUCCUCUGUUCGCCAUUUGUUCAUGCCAGUCUUACCCUCCAAAACAUUCGUGGGUACGCGUUUAUUUUUUUACUUGCUUCCUUUGAAACUCACGAACACAUUCAUCCAUUGGUGAUGGAGAUGAAAUAUUUCUCUGUCAAGCUCUCAGAGACCCCAGUUGCUACUCCUGUUUUUGCCGCUGCUGAAAACGCUGCGUUUCCUGCGAUCGAUCUUUUCCAGAGCUUGUCGUUGCCAUGAGUCAUUCAUUUUCUUCUCAGAGAAGAACCGCCAACCGAGUUUUGCAUGCCAAGUAGGCUUGUAUGUAAAUCUCAGACCUGUAAAUCGAACCCAACGUGCUUCUACCUAUGUGUGAUAACGGCAAAACGUUUUAUUUUGUAACGGAGACUUCUAGAAUUGAAGCAGGCGUUCGACUCCGCGGGUACUAUUCACAAUUUAAUUCAACCAGCUUACUUGGAGGCGGAUGAAGCGGCGUAGGCGAAUGGUAGGAAGGCCUUUUCUUUGACGAUAUGUUGAAGCAUAUCCCUCAGAGCGUAUAAUAUUUUUCAUCUUCUACACCACUUAACAUCGGCAUGUGUUUUAAUUUAACCAUCGCCACUGGAGUGCCAAUAUGCUACCAAAUACUACUAGUACUCGAGUUGACGGUGAAUCAGGGUUCAAAGUUUGGGUUAGUUUGUAUAGAUCGAAUCUGGUACAGCCUUCUACUUCGAAGCUGCUGAACGUUCCCCCGGCCAACGAAAACUAUCCAAUAAGCGUCAAAGCAAAAUAUUAUUCAGUGUGUGCGCGGAUACGGAAUAAGGACUUAUGAUUGCAUGUCUUAUGUUACUAGCCCAGAAUUAACGGCUAGAUGGAGAUUAUGUAACAGUUGCUUUCGACUAACAUAUGUGGACUGCUGGAACAGUCUUGCAUAAUUAAAAAAAGCAUUUGCACGGGCGAGUCGCUUUCGACUGCCACUUUUUUGAUGCAUGAACCGCACAAGUUGGCCUGACAAUUUUAGCACUGCAGAGUUCUCCCGACAUGUUUCGCGGUAAACAACCGGCCCCUGCAUAACCUGGCAAUGUGAUGCAGUUUAUGCAGUUCAGAAUCUCCAAUCAAGCAGAUCUCCAAGGAAUCUAUCAACUCAGACGGACCUCACGUAGGGAGAAUACGAGAUAUUUAGGCAGUGACAAGUUAAGAAGACGGAAUGAAAAAACCGUUUCCAGAGUAAUUCUGUCAUGAAUUUGGGUUCUAAUCCAGCCAUUAACUGGGCAUUACUACGUCGUGGUGUCGAUUUUUGUGUCUGGUUUUCUUUUGGCAAUGUCCGCUAUAGCGCGGCAAUGGACGACUGACUGAAAACCGUCUGGAACAUAGAUUGCAGCAGUAAUGAGAAUGCCCUGUUCCCCCCCCCCCACGGAUGCCGAGACAAGCGCAACGGCACGAACGGGUUGUCAUGGGGAUCGCCGACGUUAUGAAUGCGGUGCUACUGAGUGGUCACAGUCAGCCUCAGAACGCCCUUCCUAUCGACAUGGCAGACCUUGAGUCUGUCCCUUUGAGAUAAGACGAACAGCGCGGACACUGCCAUCGAUUGCACAACAGCGUGUGCUUUGUUACCAGAUGUCAUACGAGAAUACGAAUCCUUUGAAAUAUGUAUCCUUUGAACAAGCCAGUUUGUAUGCCGUUGCCGACAAAGAAAGGGAGACUGGGAUGGUCACUUCUGGCUUUUUAGCCGUCGUCAGCCAGUCAUAUUCGCUCCCGAGAUGUGCGACAUCAGCUUGUGUUUUAAAAAUGCUUUUAAUUGGUAAUGUCACUUUCAGCAGCAAUGACAGAAUGCGGAAAGGACGCUAAUUAUGUGAUUAUAUGUUAGAAUGCACAGAUCAUUAAUGUCUUCUCCUUUCAGUGUUUAGCCCCGACCUUCAAAUAGUUUGACACUUGUUUAUAUGGAAUCAUUCAUAGAGAUAGGGUCAGAGCUUUCAGGUAACAUAUUUUUAACAGUAAGUGAAGUGUUGACGCAUGCCAUGCCUGCUGCCAGCGUCCCCAUCGAAUCUUUUGCAAGAUUUUUCUAGUUAUUCACCAUCAAAAACGAAAUUUGUUUUCCGAUUUACUGAAGUUUAGACUAACGGAAAACAGCCUAAGUAACCUUGUGCAAAAAAUACCGCCAUUGCUAUGGCUACGUCGCCAGACAGCCGCCGAUUGGACAUUCGGACUGAACCCCCUUCUGUAGAUUUUCACAUCAGAGCAGCUGUAGCAUAGGAACGGCCUUUCCUAUGCACAUUUUUUCUGACAGCGGUAUGUAACUCUUGUCGUUAACGGCGAGGCAGUGCGGAAUAAUAAGACGUGAACCGAGGUUCAAGAGUGCUAUGGUAUCCAUAGCCAGUCGUCCCACCUUAGCAAUUUGGCGUGGCAAGUAUCAUUGCGUCCCACCUCCGCGACAUCAAGCGUGUUGGGCAACGAACAGGCACAGUGCACUAACGUCAGAUAGACAUGUGAAGAAACCUCUCGUGUAGGUGUGACGUCAUACAUACUUGAGUAACAGAGUUGAACUUAGCUACGCUUUAGCCGCCGAUAAUUGGGAUAAAGACACUUUCCGGAACGAUUUAUCGUCGCUUUAAUAGCGGCCAGUUUGCUCAUCCUAUUGCAUGAACGUCCCCUUCCCAGAAAAAUAUAAAAAACCAAAACUGCGAAUGGGGCAGAUGAUAAUAUCGCUUACGUCUUCUUCACUCACAGACGUGACCUUGCUUACCCAAAUGGUACAGUUAGGUACAACAGUUUAAGACAUGGCGAUUUCCGCAACAAGAACAACUUACCGACUUAGUCGUAAUUGUGUUGUCUGUCGUAUACACAGGACGCCCGUGUCAAAACAUAUUAGGAUGGAAGGCAAAACUCCUGCAGACACACGAACAUUAAAACGUGCGAUCGCAACUAUUCGAGUAACAAAAUGGACGCCAUAGAAGUAAAUGCACCGUUUUCGAACAAAAUAUCGGAAGUCGAGUGCUCAAAUCGUUUUGUCCGUGACUCUUAUUGCACCACGAGUCUGGUUCUCGCACACUCCCUGGUCCCUGAAUGCGGACGAAAAGUACCAUUCAACGGCUUGAAAAUUUUACUGCCCUAGGACAACUAAAAGAAAAGGUGGAGACAGAGAGAACUAUAGGACGCCAGUGAUGCUGGUGGGGUAGUCGGAAUAAUAAUACUGAUGUGGUGGUAGAGGAGGCGGAGAAGUAGGAGGAUGAUCCAAAUCUGAUUCUUUCGAGUUUUCAUGAGACCGAUGCGUCCUGUGUAUACGUACUUGUGUUGUCUGUCGUGCCCUCCAAACGGGCCACGUGUUAGAUGCGCUGGACCAACACAGGGGCCACAUCGGACUCUGGCAGGCGUUAUCUGUGCGCAAUAACAAAUGCCAACAUUUGCGGGGUGCGCUGACGGACCCCGUUGUCGGCACUAGUUGUACAACUGGACCACUGCCAUCACCCCAUUGUUUUGUGGUCAAAAUCCUGGUCAUUUGUGUGUGGACCAGGGGGUGCGGAGUGGAGCGCCAAGGCGAGGAUCCGUCCGAGCCAUCCACCUGCGGCCUACCUCGUCUCCGGUCUUCUUGACUUGGUCUUGACACCGGGCUCAGGCGGGGGAGGAGGAGAGAGUGUAGGUAGAUGCUACGCAAGUCUACUGGCACUAUAAACCCCUGCGUAAGUCACCGUCCCUGCUCCAUAAUGCAGUCUGUGGGGCGCACGGUGGACAUAAUCGAAAUCGAUGGUCGAACUGUCGUGUUGUCUGUUAUUAAUUGUGCAUUGUUAUAAGCUUGCACAAUGGAAGAUUGAAUGCUUCAGUCGCUGGAGGUAAACGUGUGACUUCAAAUGUGUGCAUGGGACAAAAAGGUAUAUAUUUUGAGUAAAUGGAAGUCAUUUUUAAGUGAGUGUUAGGAGCUGUGUUUCACUGUAAAAGCCUUAAUCGGACCCUGUAAAUGAAAAAACUGUCAUCCAAAUUAUUUUUCAUGUGUUUUUUGCAGUAAAAUUAGUUGAACUCAGGUUCCGCGGAGGCCAUAAGCCGUGCCUUCGCUGUUAUCUCCUCAUAAAAUGUCCUCUUUUAUCACUUUUCUGCGUCCUUAUGGAAUAAGCCUUACGCUAUACAUACGUAGAGGAUAAAUCUGCCAGGUUGACGCUAGUCAAAAGUAAAUUAGACCGAAUAAGAGAAUAAAAUUGCUUUCAAGACAUUUUUGUCUGCAAUUGUUACCAUACAAAAGAGAAUGUUUAAGAUUCCGAUGAGCUCGCCCUCACUCCUCUGAACAGAAGUGCUUGUCAGGGCCGAUGGAGAGGCUUUCUCAUAGGAAGUAUCAGACCCUAGGCAGGUGGUUAUGACUUUCGGAAUUUUAAAUGUAAUUCUUACGUUUAGAGAUUAAUGCGACUUCAUGAAAAACAACUCCCUUUUCAUUGAUCGCCAAUUCAUACACGCAAAUGGCGCGAAAUACAACAGUUAAAACGUCUGCAGCAGGUGACAGCACCUCAACCCCACUGGAUUGGCGCAUUUCCAAACUGCUUAGCGCAAAAUCUGAUUGGUUGGACAUACUGACAUUUGCCUUUAGCGCAGAAGAUAGUGGUUGUUACUUUACUAAAUGAACUACUUUUGCGAUGGGCUCCCGUAACGGACAACGGCGCCGUGAAGCUCCCGUCUAAUGGGACGAACCGCAGAAGACGACCGUCAAUAUUUUCAUCGUCCCCACCGGCGAGUGAGCCCCGACACAUAUAUGAAGCCCGACUCCUCAGAUUGAAAAUGAGCUUUAAGAUUUUAAGUGACCAAUUUAAUCCCAUUAUUCCCGAUUUUGUGGAUGGCUUAGCUGACACAAGUGUUGAAUAAUCUCGCUCAGUUAAAGGCACUUGAGCAUUUGACCAGUCUCAAUUUGCCUCAUUCGGGCAACUCUCAACAUUGGAAUUUUGUUCUAAUUGUCGAUCACUUCAAAUUGAAUCCAAGACUCGAUGUUUUAUUGUCACUAAAAUAUUCCUUGGUAUGUACCGUUCUUGAGAACCAGUUUAUGAAAUAUUCAUUUUACUGAGUCACUGCACGUUCCACGAGGUCCUUAGUUAAACUUAUACGACCUUAGUUACACUUUCUUCUAUUGAAGUAAAGGAGAACACUCUGGGCGUCAAGUCUCAUUAAAUAAUGUUGCCGCCUAUAUUUUAUGAACUUCUGUCCUGAAUUACUUUAAUUCGUAAUUGAUUUAUAGCUCAUGACACUUCGGAAUAUACGACUGCGACAGUUUGCGCCAUUAGCUUACGAUAAGUAAAGCGCAGUUGGUUGGUUAAAAUGCUUACAAGUUCUGCUGACUUCUAACGGUUAACCAUACUUUCAGCUUGUCGGUCAACAUUUGGUUUGGAAGAUUCGAAGCAACUACGUUCAACCGCAUUUUGGGACACGUUACCAGCUGUGUCUACCAUUUCGAAAAAGAAUUUGGAAAGGAGUCGAGACCAGUUUGUUUGGCUGAACUACUUCAUAGCAGGUUACUAUAGACUAACCGAAAUGAACAGAUCAUGAUUUUAGGCUUCCUUAGCUUAGAAAUCCAUUGAGGAAAUCUUUUAGCUAUACACAAAUUUCUGCAAGAUUGUGUAAAUCGAUGUUACUGCCGCCGCAUAUACACAUGUUAACUACGUGACAGAAAUACUCGGCACCAUGUUUCUACACAGAGAGUUAGAUGUACUAUUAUACUAGCAGGGAAUUUGAUGUCUCAUGAAGUGUUAACCGAAAUCGUAGAGUGUGCCUUUUAUUCGAAACGACAAAUUUAGCAAAGUGACAAUUUUGGUUGUCUUACAGCAGAUAUUUCAGUCCUGACAGGAUGCCAGCUUUUGGACGUGUUGCUUUUCGUCACUUCAAACAAAAGAUUCUGUGACAAAAUGACCGGUUAAGUAGUCGUUGUUGUUCCCGUUGAUCACCGAUGUCAUUAUGGAUACAAAUAUAUCAGAAAAACGCAAAAAGAUUUUUUCUCUCGCACUCAUUUGAUGAAAAUUACGUAUUUCUCGUUUCGAACUGAAAACACAUUCUAGACUUUUGGUUAACACUCCAUGAGAUAGCACAUUACCUGUACGCGCCGAAAUAGUAAGACCGCAGAUAGGCGUUCGUUUAAGGGGACAACCUGUUCAGGCAAGGGUAGUCAAGAGGACAGCAGGCCACGACCAUGUUUUGGGGGACUGUUUGCGUGACUUUUCGACCACACACGCAUGGAGUUUUUUCGUACAUUAUCAGACGCCUUACCUGAUAAGUAAUCCGUAACUCCUUGAGAAUACGAUUUGCUAUAGCAAGAUUUAACUCAAUGCUUGUUAUUUAUGACCAGACGUUCAGUCAGCCUAUUUUAAUAAUUAAGAAGUAUCAUUUUAUUUUAAAAGUGCAAUAUUAAGAUCUGCCACCAACUUAGAUAAAGCUCCCUUCGGACUAAACAUCCAAAUCAGGGAGGCUAAGACAAUUUGUUGUCGAGCAACGCCAGUUCAAAGGCUUUUUUCGUAUUUCCCACAUUAACACGAGGCUAAUGAUCUGGAAUCCCAUACUAGGAUAGCUCGUGUCUGCUCCAGCACGAUCAGCUUUACCUUUCCGAUCAAGCCUUAUUUUGCAAGAUGGACUCAUCGAGCACCUGCGACUACACGGUGCACCUGUCAGCAGAUUCCUCAGUCGAUCAGUGAGCCAUAAAAGCGAUCUAACGACGAUGGCCGUCGCCAAUUGCAACAACAGACUACUGGUGUGCUAUAUUCUAUCGAAUGUUCGCGACAUCUGGUGAAAGAGGAAAAGUUGGUGACGCAUUUUCCAGCCGUACGCACAGCUUUGGCUGCUUCUCUGCCAGCACAGUUGAUACGCAGGAACAUUUGUAUAGGCCAGUAAACCUUUGCUGCUUCCAUAGAGUAACCACAUGAGAAGAAAUAGCCAAAAUUGUAAAAAUAUCUUGAAGAUUUUGCCUUGAUUAGUCCCAUCAAAUGUACUUCCAAGUGAAUCAUAUUUUUGACCUAUGAGAUUCUUAUACCCAAGCAGUUUUAAAGUUUCUACAAAUACGCAGCGAUCGGUAAAUUCAGACAGGCCGUAGAUAGUUUGUGUUACGAACCAAACUCCAGUUUUUGAGGACGGGAUUGGAAGAGAGUCGAAAGAGCCAUUUAUGUUUACAGGUUGAGCUGCCACGAUACAGCCGUUGGGCUGGAAUUCGUAGUGUCUGAGGGCUUUCCGUAAAUCUGGUCUCAUGCAAUUUCUAGACCCUGAAUGUCGACCUUUUCGAUGCGAAUUUGUGCCCGGAGAUAACACAGCGUUUCAUGGUAGCUAAAGGAAGAUCAUCUCCCUAACAGGCCGCGAGACUCAGUGCUCACCCGCUCGGCCCUCCUAUAUUUCACUGUAGACGAACAACGCUAGUAUCAACAAAUCUCAUGCACCAACUGAAUAAACUAUUUAAGCUCCGAAGCUGGUAAUAACAGAUGAUUGUUUAUGGAGCUGGGAAAAUUCCGGUAGAUAUUGUGAAAUUAGAAUCUGCAAAUAUACUUAAGGGACGUAGAUACGCCUUUUCUCAUUUACGAGAUCUGUGCAGAUUCAUUUAUUAUUUUAAAAAAUUUCGACAAAAUAACCCGUUUUGAGAGCAAAAAAUAAGUUAUUAUGCAUGCGGAAUGGGUUGUUGGUGUUAUAAGCCAUCGCGACCAUAAUGACUGUUGGACAUCUUUUAAUAAUUUGGCAAAGAAACUACUUCUAAUAUUAAGUGAACAGGGGGUUAUGUUUCCCUCCUUACCUCUACACACAAGCCAUUUGAAGAAGGUAUUGUUUUCUAAAGUGAUCAGGAAAAUAUAGCUCACAUAGUCAGUACAUUUGUCCUGGGAGUUAAGUCAUCUAAGCCAAGGAAAUGUAUUUGCUCGAUGAAGUAGUACGUUAUCAUAACUAUAUAGUUCCUGUAUUUGACUAAUUUACAUUUGCGGGAGACAGCUAUUUCACUCAGUCUUUUUAGUGCUUGCCUAGUAUGAAGUAAUUGUGAGGCAUCCAAUAAUUUCCUUAUGUCUAUACCUGAUCAAAUUUCCGACAGCCAAGCAGAAACAAACGAUCCGAAUUUCCGGACUGGAGCAGCCUCUAUCCGGUCCAAAAUGACUUGACGCCUCCGCAUUCGACGAUGAUUUUGGUGGUUGGGAAUCAAUGGGGCUGUCUAACUGUUCAGAAUGACUGUUUCUAAACCUUCUCAGCAUUCCAGAAUAAAUCUACCGCCAAAAUCGAAUGACCGAGAAAAGAUCAUAGAGCUUGAAAAAAGGCCGCCGACCCCUCCCCGGCAAUAGGAAUUAAUGUUGCUUACUGCACAAGCGAGGACGGGGUGGUCCUCGAUGAAGUCACUUGAAUAAAUUACCUAGCGACAUCUUUGAUGCCUCUAUAACGUACGAAAAUAAAUGUUCUCUCUGUCUUCCCCCAAGAUCUGCCAUACUUUGUGUUCCCGGUAGCUCGGGUCAAGUAGCUGGAUCAUAAGGAAUUUGGCACUUAUGUUGAGAGAAAUGUGCCGCGUGUGGAUGAAAUUCGCAGAAGGCCGGAUUGUGGGCGAGGUUAUUUUUAGCUUGUGGUGACUCAGUUCUCUCUAUCUCUCUCUCUCUCUCCCUCUCACUUCACAAGCCCAAUUUUGCAGGGGGGAGAAUCAUAGUCCCAAGGCGUGUGGCUUGCAGCUGCCGGCCUCCACAAACAGCCCAUUCGCGCAGCCCUAUCCGGUCCUGUUAUGUCUGUGCGCCUUUGGACGCGCGCGUCCUGUGGGGCUUGUUGUUGCCGUCACGGGAGAUGACCACGAGUUGGCGACUGCAUACAAUGCCAAUGCAGUGCUUGAUGACAUUCAGGUACCCAUAUCCGCCUACAUGCAUUGGCCGAGGCAUCGAACUGGUUGGAAACUUUAUUCGACCUUCUCGAUUCCAGACUUGACCGCGAUUUGUUUGGAUAAAUCAUGCCAGCAAUAUUCAGAUCGGCCCAGACAGUAAAUUGUGAGAAGCUACAUCUUACGUAGGUGGAACCUAUGUGCCGUUGUCGGCCGACUAGGAGAAUCAAAAAUGGCAACGCAAGCUAGUAUUUUAGAUAUCUUUGCGUAAUAACUAGUGAACUACCGGUCCGUCGGAAACCAAGCGGGGUUUGUUUAGUACAGAGUAUGUAGUAUCAAGGCCAUAUAGGCAACAUCAAGAAAGAGCCAUCGCAGUCUGACUCCACCUUCUGAUAAGAGGGCUUAAUUAUCUCGCCAGUUGAGAGUCUUCCAGCCACAGUGGUAGUUCAAAGCACGUCAGGUUGUUUGUAGUGAGGUGCAUGCGUCGAGUAUUGUGGGGAAGUAGUCACCAGAGUCGACCUUAUUCUAUCCCUACCUAGACAGGCACCAUCCUACAGUCAGAGCUGGUCAGACAUCUGAUGCCGGGAUUGGACCCAAGUGACCGUAACGCCAACACGUGCGUCAUAAUCCUUGCUUUUAAAUUAGAGAGAUGAAGACUGAUUUCAUGGUUUAGAGAGUUCUGAUAGUAGAGCCACAGCAAAGAUUACCUUUCAGUUUGCAAUACGACAAGAAGGUUGCUUUGUUGAGGAAGGCGCGAGAGCUGUCGUAACCAUUGACUUGGUAGUAGUCACGGUCGUUAAGUUAAAAGUGUCGACCGUAAACUGCAUGUCGCUUUUCCCACAAAUCGAAAAGAAGGCCAAUAAUAAAGGAACCAAUUAUAAAUAUGAUAGAGUUCGACACAAUAAUCAUACAAGACUGGACUGCGCGAUCUUCGCUUGUCAGAGUAGAAUAAAAACUGCUAUUUAACUCAGGGAGUGUGUGAUCUACGCGAAAUGCUGUCGCAUUACAUUAGUACAUGGACAGAUUUAAGGAAUAAACACCAGAGAAGUGAAUACAUAAGGCGUAGUUUUACGGAUACGGACGGCUUCUUGAUAAGGUAGAACCAAUACAGAAAAAGACUACUUUUCAAAUUAAAGGGCCAUUUUUUCUGCAAAAACUUACAACCUGCAUCCUGGAUUUUGUCGAAAAACAGCUGGAACAAGCAAACACAUCAUGACCAUUGAAACAACCACACUCCUAUACAUGAGGUGACGGCCGACAUCAACCGAAUGACAGGAUCAUCUUCCCUGGGUCGCGAUCGCAAACGACAACACGUCCCAGUAGAUGGAACACAAACGCUGGCAUAGUUGCAGGCUAACGUGUGCGCCCACGGCUAGCAGAUAUGUGGAUCGGUCUUCAGUAAAGGUUCGCCACGAAACAAGCAGGCCCCCGUGACCGUCAAAUAGGUACACGAGGACCAUGCAGCGGUUACACCUUUAGGCGUGACUGGCAUCGACGUACCAUGGCGUUCGACGACAAAAAACCACAGACCUUACUAAUACUAGAAUGUGACGGAUGUCGUUUAAUCUAAAACGAGCUUUACCCGCCAUCAUCAGACAGGAGCCUGGAUUCACUGACAGAUUUGUCGGUGAAGAGCGCGAGCAGAAUAACUUUUUGAAUGUAGGAACUGCAAGAAAUCGUCUCUUUACUGGGCCUCUUCACACGCCCUUGCCCAGUGAGUUGCGACGUAGACGGAUUUUUUUCACACUCACAUUGUUGUCAGUCGCGUGUUCUGGGCACACCUCCAAAACCUUAAGGCACGGAGAAUAAAGUUAAUCUAGACCAUAACCGUACCCAGGGAUGGAUUCCAGUCUAGGUGAAUUAACACAUGGCUAGGCAUCCCACGUUUUGCUUUUAACAUAACUGGGAGAUUAAGAUGGCAGUCUAUCGAUAUUAGCGAAGUGGAAAACUCGAGGGAGAAUGCAUUGCUUCAUGCAGACCUGGCAUUUUAUAUGGUCACAGCAUUCGCCGAAUUUAUUUAAAUUUAUAGUUAACGCGUUUACCAGCAAGUUCCAUUUGUCUUACUCUGUGGAAAUGCAGAAAUGACUUGAUCUCGGUUCAUGAAUAGGUGAUGACAGUGCUUGUAUUUCAGGGACGAUAUUUUAGAAAACAACUAUUGGAAAUGAACACUAAAAACAGAUAUUUCAUUUUCCCUGCACUUCUAAAACAUCGCGCAGUAAAAAGACCCGGAGAGGUAAGAAUAAUACUGAGACAGUGAGCAUGGCAGAAUUAUGCACAAGUAAAUUCUCACCAGAAGUACGUUUACGACGUACGCUGCUUGCAGGGGAAUUCCUUAUUGUUUUGGGGCCUAGUCUACAGUACCCGCCGGCCUCAUGGUCGACAACUAGAAAUGACUAUUAUUUUUCCUUUUCUUUAUUUUUUACUGUUUCUCCAGGAUUCAACCUUUUGGCAAAACAUUUCGAUUCUCAGAAUUUUUAAAUUGAAGACCAAAGUUAUGCAAUUGUUAGUGUGCCCUAUAGGCGAAGAUACUUUUAUCGUAGAAAACGAUGUUGCAGCCAUUAUAACGCAUCUAUGCUUUUUGCCUCGCAAAACAAAGGUCUCGGGCACUCUCGAAAGUCCAAUGACAUGA